GAGCCGCCAUUGUUCCGCCGAGGGAGGAUAGCGGGGCCUGGCGCUAGCGCCGAGACGCCGCUUAGCGGUCGCCACUGGAGACACUCCCUCCCUUCGCCCCGGCUCUCCUCCUGGCGGCGGCGGCGGCGGAGUGAGACUGAUAGGGGGAACCUGGGAGCCCCUCUGUCCUCCCCGCGGCGGCAGCGGCCGAUCGCCGGCUCCGGCGCGAGGAACGGCCGCGAUGCGCUUGGCCUGAGGUGGCCCGGCAAUCGUCGCUUCCUUUGACUCUUCCACGGCGUCUCUGCGCCCAGCGUCAUCCUUCAAGUCCCCCUGACGGGAGGGAAGAUGGCUGCACGAAGCUGGCAGGACGAGCUGGCCCAGCAGGCCGAGCAGGGCUCAGCCCGGCUGCGGGAAAUGCUGUCGGUCGGCCUAGGCUUCCUGCGCACGGAGCUGGGCCUAGACCUGGGGCUGGAGCCGAAGCGGUACCCGGGCUGGGUGAUCCUGGUAGGCACCGGCGCACUCGGGCUGCUGCUGCUCUUCCUACUGGGCUACGGCUGGGCCGCAGCUUGCGCCGGCGCCCGCAAGAAGCGGAGGAGCCCGCCCCGCAAGCGGGAGGAGGCGGCAGCCGCGCCAGCUUCAGCCCCUGAUGACCUAACCUUGCUAAAGAAUCUCCGAAGCGAGGAGCAAAAGAAGAAGAACCGGAAGAAGCUGCCCGAGAAGCCCAAACCAAAUGGUCGAACUGUGGAAGUGGCUGAGGAUGAAAUUGUACGAACUCCUAGAAAUGUAACAACAAAGCAGCAACCAGAGACAGACAAGAAAAAUGAAAAGUCAAAGAAAAAUAAGAAGAAAUCAAAGUCAGAUGCUAAAGCAGUGCAAAACAGUUCACGCCAUGAUGGAAAGGAAGUUGAUGAAGGAGCCUGGGAAACUAAAAUUAGUCACAGAGAGAAACGACAACAGCGUAAACGUGAUAAGGUGCUGCCUGAUUCUGGUUCAUUGGAUUCAACUAUCCCUGGGAUAGAAAAUACCAUCACAGUUACCACCGAUCAACUUACAACUGCAUCAUUUCCUGUUGGUUCCAAGAAGAAUAAAGGUGAUUCUCUUCUAAAUGUUCAAGUUAGCAACUUUAAGUCUGGAAAAGGAGAUUCUACACUUCAGGUUUCUUCAGGAUUGAAUGAAAACCUUACUAUCAAUGGAGGAGGCUGGAAUGAAAAGUCUGUAAAACACUCCUCACAGAUCAGUGCAGGUGAGGAGAAGUGGAACUCUGUUCCACCUGCUUCUGCAGGCAAGAGGAAAACAGAGCCAUCUGCUUGGACUCAAGACACUGGUGAUGCUAAUGCAAAUGGAAAAGACUGGGGAAGGAGCUGGAGUGACCGUUCAAUAUUUUCUGGCAUUGGGUCUACUGCUGAGCCAAUUUCUCAGUCUACCACUUCUGAUUAUCAGUGGGAUGUUAACCGUAAUCAACCCUAUAUCGAUGAUGAAUGGUCUGGGUUAAAUGGUCUGUCUUCUGCUGAUCCCAGUUCUGAUUGGAAUGCACCAGCAGAAGAGUGGGGGAACUGGGUAGAUGAAAGAGCUUCACUUCUGAAGUCCCAGGAACCAAUUCCUGAUGAUCAAAAGGUUUCAGAUGAUGAUAAAGAAAAGGGAGAGGGAGCUCUUCCAACUGGAAAAUCUAAAAAGAAAAAAAAGAAAAAGAAGAAGCAAGGUGAAGAUAACUCUCUUGCACAGGACACAGAAGAAUUAGAAAAAGAGAUUAGAGAAGAGCUUCCAGUGAAUACCUCUAAAGCCCGUCCAAAACAAGAAAAAGCAUUUUCCUUGAAGACCACAAGCACUAGUGAUCCAGUUGAAGUACUCAUCAAAAAUAGCCAGCCUAUCAAGACUCUUCCACCUGCUGUUCCUACCGAGCCAUCUGUUAUCUUAUCAAAGAGUGAUUCUGACAAAAGCUCUUCCCAAGUGCCACCGAUGCUACAAGAUACAGAAAAAUCCAAGUCAAAUACCAAGCAAAAUAGUGUGCCUCCUUCACAGACCAAGUCUGAAACUAACUGGGAAUCUCCCAAACAAAUAAAAAAGAAGAAAAAAGCCAGACGGGAAACGUGAAUUUUUUUUUUUCCUGAAUUGGACAUGUGUUUGCAAACACUGUCUUGAAGAUUAUGCUGUUUAUGCAAUAAUUUGUGAACAUGUACAGAGUUUUAUAUAAUAAAUUUAAACCAAUUUUUAAAACAAAACUGUGAACACAACCACCGUAAAAAUGGAAUCAAAGGAGAGUUAAUUUAUGAAAUUAAGAGGUCAGCAGAAUAUACUACAGUGCUGGAAGACACUUGGGAAAGUCUUUUCAAUUGAACAAGAAUGAUCUUAAUUUAAGAAUAUUAUCCUGGUUUUACAACAGUUCCCUGUUUACAACAGAUUGUGCCCUGUCUCAUCUGCAGCUGAGGAAUAAUGGAUUCUGAUUAGAGAGAGGGCUGCCUCUAAGUUAGUAGGCAACUCCUUGGAUCUUAUGCACGAACUUAUACCAUUUGAAUCUGUUUUAUGCUUAUAUGAAAGUGCUUUGAUCAAAUGCAUAAUCUGCCAUAUCUUUACAUAUUUGUUGGUAGCAAUUUGUAUUAAAGGAAUCACAAGUGCAAAUAAAAAGUGAUUUACCAUUUGUUUAACUAAACUGUCAUGGUUUAGUUGCAAUUUUUAAAAAGUUCUUAAUUAAAACAUUGCAAAUGCAAUUGACACUUGUAUGGCUUAUGAAGUUAUUUUUGAUAGUCUUACAUUACUUGAAUUGUUCAAAGUACAGUAUAUUUUAAAUUAAAAAAGUAAACUAUAUGUAUUCAUUUUAUACACUUAAGGUUCAAACUAACAAAUAAUGCUCUUGUUUAUGAUUUGAAAACUUUCAAGCAAAUCCAACCUAGAAUUUUUCCUUUCCCUAGCAAUUACUUUUUUUCCAGUGUCAACUCUUACUUGCUAAUAAUUUUUUGACUUUAAAAAUGAAAUCAUUCACAAACUUUGAGUAUGUGAUGGAGAAUGAAAAACUAGAGUCAGACAGCUUUAAUUGACAUUGUCAAGACCUCCAGUUAUCAGGAAUACAUUUUUUUACUGCCUUAACCUGUAGUGCGUAGAAUAUGCAUCAAUUUCUUGAAGGGGAUUCAUGUUUUUAUAAGAAUUUUCAUGUAAUUAUUGCAAUUGUGGUCAAAUAAGGAACAUUUUCUGCUUGAAACUGUAUUGAUUUAAAUGAUGUGUGAGAUGUUUCACCAUUUUCAGGCACUGUGUAAUUCUAUUGUAAUAAACUGGCAGGUAUCUUUGUAACUAUAAAUAGUGCAUGCUCGGCCAUGUACACUGUAAAUAGCCUUUACCAGACGUGUUUGAAAGGACCAUAAUUAACAUCACUUAGUAAAUUGUGAUAAAGAAAAAAGCCAUGAUUUAUUUGAUGUGAUUGGCUUGUUUUUAUGUGGCACCAAGAAUGAAACUGUUUAACAGCUGUAACCAAUGGUACUGAUCUAUCCAUCCAAUGUCGUCUCUAUUAUAUUUGAUUGUGGCUUGAUAGUAUUGCAUUGUCAGUCUAGGAAAGCUAAAGAAACAGAAUGGUUUUAGUUUUGCUGAAGACUGGCCUUAUUAAUGGACAGCUUUCCUAACAGGCAAUUAUUAACUUUCAUCAGGUGUUAACAUCUGUUUCAGGAACAUGGCAGUAUGUUUACAUGUCAGAGUUUUGUUUAAUUCUAUGAUAUUUCUAAAUUGAUUUGUUUAAAUAAAUUCAGCAAAUGGAUAGCAUUGUUUUUAUUUGCUUCAAUAUGGGGGUAAAUAUUAGGUAAAAUGCCAGGAAUGGAUUUCUUCAAAUAACUUUAUAUUUUGUUAGCUUUACUUACAUAUUUCCUAAGUAGAGCUGAAAAUUCCUAAGUUGUCAGCACUUUGUAAAGGUAUCAAAAGGAGAAUUUGAUAGGGAGUCUGUAAUUUUAGAAUGUGCCAAAAUGUCUAUGCUUAAAAUUUUAAUUGAACUCUCUCAACUCUACCUCACUACUUCUUUAUCUUAGAAUUCUUUUGACUGUCAAACAAUAGUUCAAUAUCUCCCCAUUCAGCCACCUUUGCCAGGUGUUAAAGAUUGAGGAGAGUGCUGGGAAGGUAGCUCAGUGGUAGAGUUGCUUGCCUAGUAUGCACAAGUCCCUGAGUUCAAGACUCAGCACUACAAAAAAAAAAAAAAAUUGAGGAGUGAUGAUUGUUGAGAUGGAGAAACACAUUACUCAAUUGGAAUGGAUCCAGUAUGGAGAUAAUCUCUGUCCCUUCUCUCAGUAGUUAAGCCAUCAUUUUAUGUAUUAAGAGGUGGCAGCUAUAUGAAUGACAAAAAUUAAUCCCGUUCUCUUACAUGCAUGAGGUGUAAACCCUUGCACAAGUGUUGUUCAUUGCUCCUUGUCUGUUCCAUAAAAUGUGUAUGUGACGUCAAAGCAGUUUCUGGUAUCUGAACAGAGGAGCUGGCUUCUAUCAACUCAGAAGACACCAAACUAUAAGUAAUGAUUCAGGGAGGAGGGGAGAAAGAGGAGCCUAUUGUUCUAUGGAAGCAUAGAUUAGAUGCUCCCCAGACUGCUAGUGGGAAAAUAACUGACCCCUUCAGGUUUUGCCAGUUCUGGAGGGAAUUGCUAUUUGCAAGCAAGCCCUCCUACCCCUCCAAUAAACCCUCCCAAGACUCCCUAAUCCUGGCCGGUCUCCAGGUCCUAACUGAAGUCUUUCUUCACUAUUCUGGAACAGGGACUACUGGCUGGUUUCAGAUUUCUCCAGACUGGAAUCCUAUCUGUCCAUACCCUGAAUUGAGCAAAUAAUAGUUGAGAGAGUCCAAAAAGAAAGUAUUGAAAUAAAAUGUGAUUAAUGUAAUUUACUAUGUUUACUUUGUGCAUGCAUUUUGUUGGGAUGGGGAGGUCAGAAUAAUUUAUCCAAAUCUAAUGGUAUUAUUAUUUCAUAGGCUAAUCCAGUUUGUAUUUGGGCUAAAGAUGCCAGAGGGCAAUAUUUAACUACAGAGUUUAGUUUUUCUUAAUUAAAAAAUAGUCCUUUAUUAAUAUAGUGUGAAUUAUCUUUCACAAUUUAGGAUUUAGGUUUAAGAUGUCAAACAGAUAUCUUAUGAUUUUCCUGUAAACUCAUUGCACAAAAUGGAAUUACUUUCCAAAAGGCUUAGGGAAUGAAAAUAUCAUUUGUAAGAUGCAUUGAGUAUUGUAAAUAAAACAAACCAUUUUGUUUUGUUUAAA